GUUACUCCCGCGAGCCCCGUUCAAUACUAAUGUGUUGUUUGCUCUUAACUUUGCGCGCAACCACCAACCACUUUCUUCCCACUCACUUCUUCGCCGCUCCACGACUCCUCACUUUUCGCUCUGCCAUCUCAACUCUCGCCAUGUCCAGCCGCCCCAACUUCCAGGGUGGCCGCAGCAGAGGCGGCCCUAACUCCCGCGGCGGCGCUCGCCGUGGAGGCGGUGGUCGCGGCGGUGGAGGCCGAGGAGGAGGACGCGGCGGCGGCGGCGGCGGCCGAGGCGGCGAACAGCGCUGGUGGGACCCCGUGUGGCGAGCGGAGCGACUGAGGCAACAAGCCGCCGAGAUGGAAGUUCUUGAUGCGAGUGAGUAUUGGGGGAAGAUGGAGCAGUUCAGAAGCGGAGCGGAGCAGGAGAUGAUAAUAAGACGUAAUUUUAGUCGGCAUGAUCAGCAAACCCUAUAUGAAAUGGCCUAUGAACUAGGGCUUCACUUCCAUGCAUAUAAUAAGGGGAAGGCUCUUGUGGUCAGCAAGGUUCCUCUGCCAGAUUAUCGGGCAGACCUUGAUGAUGUUCAUGGUUCCACACAAAAAGAGAUUCGAAUGUCUACAGAGACUGCAGAGAGAGUCGGGAGUCUUUUGCAGAGCUCGCAGGGGCAGGGAAGCAAGCAAGCUUCUGGUAAUGUCGCUUCAGUGGCGUCUGGGUCUGGCCAGGGAAACAAAGAAACAACUGUUAGUGAACAUGCAACCAAAACCAGCUCCAGCUUGGAGCCUGAUACUGUUAAGGAGAAAGAGAAACUCAGCCUUCAACUUAAGGAGUCACAGGAAAAAAUGAAGGUAAGUAAUAGUCUGAAAGCAAUGCUGACAUUCCGAGAAAAGCUUCCUGCAUUCAAUGUGAAGUCUGAGUUCCUGAGAGCUGUUUCUGAAAAUCAGGUGUUGGUAGUCUCGGGUGAGACAGGUUGUGGCAAAACAACACAACUUCCUCAGUUUAUUCUAGAAGAUGAGAUUUCACGUCUGCAUGGUGCUGAGUGCAACAUAAUAUGCACUCAGCCUCGCCGUAUAUCUGCCGUGUCUGUUGCUGCUCGUAUAUCCUCUGAAAGGGGAGAGAAUCUUGGUGAAACUGUUGGUUAUCAGAUUCGACUGGAAUCAAAGCGCUCUGCUCAAACAAGAUUGCUAUUUUGCACAACUGGAGUAUUACUUCGUCAGUUGGUUCAAGACCCACAGUUAACUGGCGUGAGCCAUUUGUUGGUUGAUGAAAUCCAUGAAAGAGGCAUGAACGAGGACUUUCUACUAAUAAUUUUGCGAGACCUUCUUCCUCGACGUCCAGAUCUACGACUUAUUCUAAUGAGUGCUACCAUCAAUGCUGACUUGUUUUCCAAAUACUUUGGAAAUGCCCCAACAAUACAUAUACCGGGAUUAACGUUCCCUGUGGCAGAGUUAUUUCUAGAAGACGUUUUGGAGAAAACUCAUUAUAUAGUCAAGUCAGAGUCCGACAAGAUGGAGAGGGGGAAUUCCAGGAGAAGGAGACAGCAAGACUCCAAGAAGGAUCCCUUAACUGAACUAUUUGAGGAUGUUGAUAUUGAUCUUCACUACAAAAGUUACAGCACAUCUACAAGAAAGUCUCUAGAAGCUUGGUCUGGUUCACAGCUUGAUUUGGGUCUGGUGGAGGCAACUGUGGAACAUAUAUGUCGCUAUGAGAGAGAUGGAGCAGUUCUUGUUUUCCUUACGGGCUGGGAUGAUAUAUCAAAGUUACUUGACAAAAUUAAGGGAAAUAGAUUCCUUGGAGAUCCUGAGAAGUUCAUGGUUCUUCCCCUGCAUGGGUCAAUGCCUACUAUCAAUCAACGAGAAAUAUUUGAUCGUCCUCCCACUAACAAAAGAAAAAUUGUGCUAGCAACAAACAUUGCAGAGAGCAGUAUUACCAUAGAUGAUGUCGUGUAUGUCAUAGACUGCGGAAAGGCAAAGGAAACGAGUUAUGAUGCUUUAAACAAGUUGGCUUGUCUAUUACCAUCAUGGAUUUCAAAGGCUUCAGCACAUCAGAGACGAGGGCGUGCUGGCCGUGUCCAACCUGGAGUUUGUUACAGACUAUAUCCAAAAAUGAUUCACGAUGCAAUGCUCCAAUAUCAGUUACCUGAAAUUCUCCGGACACCUUUGCAAGAGUUAUGCCUCCAUAUAAAGAGUUUGCAGCUUGGAGCUGUUGGAUCAUUUUUGGCAAAGGCACUUCAACCACCAGAUUCUCUUGCAGUUCAAAAUGCCAUCGAACUUCUCAAAACUAUUGGAGCUUUAGAUGAUAGGGAGGAGCUUACUCCGCUUGGUCGCCAUCUUUGUACACUACCAUUGGAUCCAAACAUUGGAAAGAUGCUUUUAAUGGGUUCUAUCUUUCAAUGCCUCAAUCCUGCCUUAACAAUUGCUGCUGCCCUAGCUCAUCGAGACCCAUUUAUCCUACCAAUAGAUAGGAAAGAGGAAGCUGAUGCUGCAAAAAGAUCCUUUGCUGGUGAUUCUUUCAGUGAUCACAUAGCAGUUGUUAAAGCUUUUGAAGGAUGGAAAGAUGCAAAACAUAAUGGAUCAGGAAAAUCAUUCUGUUGGGAUAACUUUUUAUCACCAGUAACUUUGCAGAUGAUGGAGGAUAUGAGGUUGCAGUUUGUAGAUCUAUUAUCGAACAUUGGCUUUGUCGACAAAUCCAGGGGUGCUAACGCUUACAACCAAUACAGCCAUGACUUGGAGAUGGUGUCUGCAAUUCUUUGUGCUGGGCUUUACCCAAAUGUUGUGCAGUGUAAAAGAAGAGGAAAGCGAACAGCAUUCUACACCAAAGAAGUUGGUAAAGUCGAUAUCCAUCCUGGAUCAGUCAAUGCUGGGGUUCACUUAUUCCCUCUGCCUUACAUGGUAUAUAGUGAAAAAGUGAAGACAGCCAGCAUUUACAUCAGAGACUCUACAAAUAUAUCAGAUUAUUCUUUGCUUUUGUUUGGUGGUAAUCUCAUUCCAACCAAAACUGGAGAGGGCAUUGAGAUGCUUGGAGGUUACCUUCAUUUCUCUGCAUCAAAGAGUGUUUUGGAGUUGAUUCGGAAAUUGCGCCGUGAACUUGACAAGCUUUUAAACAGGAAGAUUGACAACCCAGCAUUGGAUGUCUCUAGUGAGGGAAAGGGAGUAGUAUCUGCUGUGGUUGAGCUAUUGCAUAGCCCAAAUGUACACUAAAUUCUUUGUUCCUUGUGUGCUGUCAGCACGGUUUUGUAGUCGUACCAUUUUUCUAUAGGAAAGGAAGUGUUCGGCGGUAGAAUUUGUCUCUUAUUAUGUAAUAAUAGAAAAUUUUGAUUACUAA